AUGUCCACCCGUGAAGCUGACCGAAUCUCUGCUGCCGAAGAGACGCUCAACACCCUCUUUGAUAUGUCUCAACUGUUGAAUACUGGUCUUGACAAGGAGACCCUCGCGACAUGCGUCAGUCUGAUCGAAAGCGGCGUGAACCCGGAGGCCCUCGCGGCUGUCAUACAGGAGUUACGUCGAGAGAGCACAGCUUUGAAGAACUCUCGCACAGCGACAAACGGCCGAUAG